CGACGAUUUACGUGUGUCAAAUCGUGUGUUCUCUGGGUUUUUUGGAUCGCAUACUCAUAAUUGUAGAAGGUGUCAUUGAGUCUUAAGAAGAUGGCAAGCACGGAUGCUGACGAUUCGAUGCCUCGCGCCAAGCGAUUGAAGAUGCUGCGCGAGGCCAAAGCCCGCAAAGAGAGGGGCGAGAGCAAUGGUGAAACCGGUGCGCUGGUCGCUGCGGUACUACGACCUGCAGACGACGAACCGAAGCGACUGGAGGAUGCCCCGCAUCUGGAGGAUCAGGAGGAGGACGUGAAAAUGGCCAACGCCUCCGAAAAGUCCGACGGCAAGUCAGCAGACCUGGUGGAGAAGGUGGCGCAGGUGCAAGAGGAGGAUGCCAAGACGGAAGAUGAGAGCGACGACGAUUUGCUUAACCUGGCGCCCAAGCGCGCCAACUGGGACAUGGAGCGGGAUAUUGCGCCCAUGCUUCGCAAGCUGGAGCGGCGGACGCAGCACGCCAUCGUCGAGAUUCUGCGCGAGAAGCUUGCAGCAGAGCAACAAGAAGAAGGUAGUGACGACGACGAAGAUGAAGAGGAUGAGGACAACGAGGAGGUAGAUGAAUAGCAAUAUUGCCAAGUGCAAUCCAUGUACUAUGAUAUAGCGCUGCAGUCCUUCAACACCGAAGCGGUGCACAGCACGUGACUAAGACUUAUCCUUUUUCUGCUUUUUGGCCUUCUUCUUGUCGUCCUUGGAUCCGUCCUUACGCUUCUUAUCUUUCUUCUUGCCGCUCUUAUCCUUCUUUUUGUCUUUCUUCUCGUCCUCCUUGUGGAACUGCUUGAGCUUCUUGUAGAUUUGCUUAAUUUGUUUGGCAUGACGUUGCGCCGCCUCCUCGCCACCCUUUUGCUUCUCCAUUUUCAACACUUGGAACGCCUGAGUAAUCCUCUGCAACCGAUCGGGUACUUCGUCCACAGGCUGGUCCUUUGAGAAUUUGCUGCGUUUAAUGUAGUCCAAUACAUCGGCGCUCGCCAGCCCACAAGCCUUUUCGCCGCUACUGGCAGCAACCUCGUCCGUCACAUGCCACAACGCUGCAAGCGCCAAAUACGACGGGUAGUGCAGCAGUGGCAAGUCUGUGAGCAGCAUAUCAUUCAACAUUGCAGUCGAAUUGGCGUGCAGCUUUUGCAGGACAGUCGCAGGUAGGUCCUUCUUCAGCACUUGCUUGGCGAAGGCUCGGAAGUCGUCCAAAAAGCCCAAUAAUGUACGGAAUGGGUGAUACAUGAUGAGCUGGAAGCGCACACCUUCCAGCAAGAUCAUUUCGUGACCAAUAAUGAACUUGUGGUCCACAUGGAGCUGGUCGGCGACUGUGUCCACAGACAUGUACUGCUCCUCGACCUUGCCAGCCACAUAAAUGGCAGUUGGGACGAGAUAUUUGGGGUGAAACUCCAUCACACUGUUGCUCAGAUAAAACCUCUUGAACAGCAUCAUAGCGCAGCACUUGACCUUGUCUGAUGUGCGCAGGAACUGAGCGCUACAGCUCUCCUGGAUCUUUUCCUCGUAGAAAACUCGCAGCAGCGUUUCCUGCUCUGGAUUUAGGAACUCCAGCAGAGGCGUUAGCUGCAAAUUGGCCUUCUCCUCUGCUUCUUCCAGCGCCGAGAGAUCCACGUCUACUUCGUCAUUCCAGUCGAAAGUAUCGCGCACAGCAGUCGACGAGCGAGGCACUAGACCAGCGAAAGACCGGGCUUUGCGGCUACUGCCAGCCGAUGCUUCAGGCUUCUGAGCUUCCUCACGCUCCAGACGCAAUGCUCGCUUAGUCUUUACAUGCUGCAGACGCCGUACACGCGCUAGCUCCUCCGCCGAGAAGACCCAGUUAUUGAAAUGAGUCGAUGCCGCCAGGUACGACAUGCUGCCGGUGGAGCAAUUCGGCGAGUGCUUCAGAUUAUAUUAUAUGCC